GCUCGCUGCGAGCCUGGCUCCUGCAAGGGCCGCGAGCUGGCGGCGAGCCCCGCGCUGGUGCUGCUUGCCCAGGGACGCGCUGUCCCUGGCUCCCGCCGCCACCGCGGGAACGCCGCGUGGCGCGCUCACCUCUGGAGGCCCCAGGCUCGGCAAAGGCGGCGCUGAGCCCACCUCGUGCGGAACCGCGCCGACCGUCGGCGUGCAGCUGGACGCGGAGGCCCAGCGCGUGGACGCCUCGACCUUCCUCGUCCUAGUAAUGUUCCUUGCGCUGGCGAAGACACCGAUGUUCGUCCAGAUGCUGGUGUGUUUCCUCAUGGUGCUGGCCGUCGUCCCCACGACUGCUCGGCCGAGCAACAUCUGGGCGAACGAGACCUGUGCUCCCACGUGCCCGACGUGCCCGAGGACGAGGACGGGAAGGUGGCGGAGCGACUGGGGAUGCCCCGCGCUGCGCGGGGAGUACGGGCACGUUGAGCAAGCCAACCCUAUCGCGCCGUUCGUGUGGGCGCUCCUCCGCUUCAAGAAGAGCAUGCUGGCCCUCGGCGACGAAGACGAGAUCACCCUGACGGUCGCGACG